ACCAAUCAGAAUGUCCAAUUUUUGUAUACUAAAUAUAUAUAUCUAGCCAAAAUAGAUUGUGGACUACGAGCGGGCAAGUCUGGGCAAGCCUGUUGUUCCUUGGUUAAAAAAACCCUUUCACUUUUUAGCAGGAAGGAAUCUUAAUUAGUAUGCGUGAAAUCCAAAACGUAGCUUAUCUUUGCUGAAGCUAUACUACUGAAGUCUCCCGGUGAACGUAACCGAAGGCAGUAUAUAUGGUUGGAAAUUUUUAAAUAACGAAAAACGACGUUUUUGAACAGACAUCUUUCCUAUUCUUCCCGCCGAGCAUCAUUUGCAUUAGAGAACUAGUAAAUUUUGAUAUAAGGACUGUUGGGACUCUAUUAAUAUCACAAUCAUGGAACUUCAAAAGCCUUCGUGGGUAAAGUAUUUCACUUCUUUAGCUUUGGGAGUCUCCAUGCGUUCUAAGGACCCCAAAACACAAGUGGGUUGUGUUAUUGUGGACUCAGAAACACUUAAAAUUUUAUCCAUUGGUUAUAAUGGUUUUCCUCCGGGGAUUUCUAACAGCGCUGAGAACUGGUCGGAUGAACAGAAAAACAAUUUAGUAGUUCAUGCAGAAGCCAAUGCUGUACUUUUAAAAGGAACAGCCAACCUAGAGAACUCCAUUGCAUUUGUGACACUCUUUCCUUGCGAGGACUGCGCAAAAAUGUUGAUACAGGCUGGCGUAAGGAGAGUUUAUUAUCUUUCUUUUCGAGAUAAAUACAGGAAAUCAGACGAGAUAUUCAAGAAAGCUAAGGUGGACAUUGUGCCAGUUAGCAGAGGGGAUGACGGCACGUUGACUAUGUUUCAAAACACAUUUAUAACCAUGGUUAAAGCAGCGAUACAAAAUGUAACCAAUACCAAGGUAGAUGGUUCCAGUAGACAGUUAUGUGACUCGUUGAAGGAGAAGGAGGAAAUAAAAUACCUCAGGGAAACGGACAUUGAAGGUCCAUGGACAACAGACCAACCUGGAGAAAGAUCUGAGGAGAUAUUGUUCAAGAAAUGGAUACAUUAUUUCCUUUUUCUUGCACAUGUUGCCAGCACAAGGUCUUCCUGUGGUGCCAAAGAGGGAGCGUUGCUUGUAGAUUCCAAAACAAUUAAGAUGUGUUCCUUAUCGUACAAAGGGUACCCAAGAGGCGUAGAGGGAACGCCAGAUGAUGUGCUGAUGGUGUCCGCCAUCAUGAAUGUCCUUGCGCUUCGCUUUUGUGAAGGCAACGAGUUCUAUGCGUUUUGUACAGAUUUUCCCACGGAAGGGGAGGUAAAGAACCUGGCGCAGGCAAAGGUAAAACGCCUCUAUUUCAUAUCGCCAACCAAUAUGACUACAAGGGCCCUAUCAAUCUUAGACGCCGCAAAGGUUAAAACUGUGCCCAUGGAUCCAUUGAACGAGGAAGAGAUAGAGAAAGAGGUCAGGAGCAUCAUUAAAGGACUGGCGGAAAAAGAAAAGAAAAAUACGAUUUCAUUCAAAGAUUGGCCAAUUCCAGUGACUCCAUACGAGUUGGAGCCCAAGAGACGCAAUUCUGGUUUGGAUUAAACCAAAAGCAUGGUUAUAGCCACACCCAUAGGCAUUGGCAUAUCACGCUAGAGGGGGUCUCUGCAUUUUGUUUUAAGCCCGGGCCAAACGAUCCCAACAGGUGAAGGCAACAUAUCGCAACAUUGUUGGGUGCAACAUGUUGCGCUAGUUUGACUACCC